AUGGAGACGGGCAUAAGCCUCGCCAAGGCCUACCUCAAGUGCUUACAUGCGCUGCAAUGGUUGCUCCUUACCUUAUCUGGCCUCCUCAGCGGUGGUUAUGUCCAUGGUCCAGAGAUUACUCCCUUCGUCGGCGACCUCACAUUCCACCAAUUCGCAACGAUUCUGUCCGGUGCCUGUGCCAUCCUCAGCACACCGAUCGUCGGGGCAUUGAUCGCACUUCACGCCUUCAACUAUUCGAACCCCGUACAACAACGGCAGAUCAUCAGGAUCAUGCUUUUGAUACCAUGGGUUGCCCUUUUCUCUUUCCUGGUUGUCUGGCGAAGCGACAUUGGAGAAUACCUAGCCCCUUCACUCGACUUUGGUUGCUCGAUCGCACUUUCGUCGUUCUUACUGUUCAUGUGCGAUCUUGUCCUAUCGCAUCAGGAAGGUUUCGAUGGUUUGUUUGGAGAGGGAGCAAAAGUCAAGGGGGCGCUCAAAGUGAACAGUCCAACGUGGCUCAAGCGUACCUGGUACGGCGUACUCCAGUUUAUACCGACUAGCAUCGUCAUAUGGAUCGCCACGGCAGCUACCCUCGCUACUGGUACCUACUGCAAGCAGUCUAACGACGUGCACUUCGCCCAUCUCUGGCUCACCAUACUUAUUGGCUACACUACAACGGUCGCUAUCGUUAGCUCACUGAGGUUCUACAAGAACAACAAGAAGCUGCUAAAGAAGCAUCGGAUUGUACUCAAACUGGUUACAUUCAAGGGUAUCCUCGGUCUGAAUUUUCUCCAAUCGUUCAUCAUCUCCCUACUUGCAGGCCACGGAAAGCUGAACCCUACAAAGUACAUGACGUACCAUGAUGUCAAUACUGGUCUUGCCUCACUCAUCCUCGCCUGCGAAAUGCCUCUUUUUGCCGUACUUUUGCUCUUUGCGUUCUCGCCAUUACCGUAUAUGCAACAAGGUAGUCCUGCCGCUGGACCACUCAAUGCCAUCGUCGAUGCGUUCAACCUCUCAGACCUACUGUCAGCGUUCUAUCGGGGCCCUAUGAGAUUGGUCAGGGACCAACAAACACAGAUCAGGCGGCAGGACAGUGCUGAAGCCGAACGCAAGUUUGCUAAGACACGUCUUCCACAGCUGCGCAUCAAUUGGGCAUCUAAUGGAGAAAUCAUGCACGAAGACAGGCUGCAUGAAUACCAAUGCAACGUCGAAGAUCUAGAAUUCCAAGGUCUUACUGAGGAUGGUCUACGAGCUCAGUUCACAGCCGCAUUUGAAUACGAACUGCGCAAUCUGGAGGCGGCGUAUGUCCGAACACUAUACGAUCGGACGCAGUACAAACCCUUGUUGGAAAACACCUUUGCCGAGCUGAUCCCCUUUCGCUAUCUUGACUUCAAAAAGAGAGUUGACAGGCAAUACUGGACAAGACAAAUGGCUUUGAUUGGAGGCUAUGUCGGCAACGCCCAGCUUACGGAUGUGUCGGUCGACUUUGACAACAAAACCUUGGCUUUCGAUUGA